UUUGCACUUAUCAUCAAUUACUAUAAUUUGAAAAGAUAUUCAUUCAGUGUUGGGCAGGAAGGAUAAUUAGUGAUUUUGUCAUAUCUUUGAUCGAUAUUGGAGAGGAUUUUUUGUAAUUUUGAGUGUUUCGUUUUCCAGUAAGGUUAUAGGUUAGAGAUUCCAUGGUUUGAAAUUAAAAAAUUGGAUGGAUGGUAGGUCAACCAUUAUCCACCCACUCAAUUUUUUAUAAGUCACUUAUUUUAGAACUCAUAUCCACACAUAAAAACCAUCCAUAGCAUAAUGGAUGGUUCAAUUGCGGAUGUUCACCUCUAAAUAUAUCUUUUUAUUUUAUUUUAAACAGAAUCCCUAACCGAGAUUAUAUAUAUGAUUUGAGUGACUAAACAUGUAAAAAAAAAUCAAGUUAUCUUAUCCGUAUGGUAGCUACGUUGGGAGUUGGGACAGAAAAACCAGCUCGGUAUAGUAACUUAUGGCCUCUGGGUAAGGUUUUUGAAUUUAGACAACAAAAUUUCAUAUCCCAACAGUGGAUCGAUCAGCGCAUCACCACUCCUCUCCCACCGGCGGCCCGCCCACGAUGUGUACGCUGGAGAAGCGCGGGGAUAUCUUCUUCCUAACGUUGAUCGGCGACAGCGACGAGCACCGCCUCAGCCCGGCCGCAAUCGCCGACAUCCUCUCAUCCCUCCGCGAAGCCAAAUCGCAGGCCACCAGGGGCUCGGUCCUCAUCACCACAUCCCAGGGCCGAUUCUUCUCCAACGGCUUCGAUCUGGGCUGGGCCCGGUCCGCCGGGUCCAGAUCCGAGGCCGCCGAGCGGCUCAACCACAUGGUCGACUCGUUCCGCCCCAUCGUCGCCGAGCUGAUCUCCCUCCCGAUGCCGACCGUCGCCGUCGUCCAGGGCCACGCCGCCGCCGCCGGGUUCGCCCUCGCCCUCUGCCACGAUUACGUGCUCAUGAGGAGCGACAGAGGGGUUCUGUACAUGAGCGAGGUGGAUUUGGGGAUUCCCUUGCCGGACUACUUCACCGUGCUGUUUCGGGCCAAGAUCGGGUCGGUUUCGGCCCGGCGGGAUGCGCUGCUGAGAGCGACGAAGAUCAGGGGAGCGGAUGCGGCGAGGCUGGGGAUCGUCGACGGGGUGAAGGGUAGCGAGGAGGAGCUGAAGGACGCCGGAAUUCGCCUGGCGGAGCAGUUGGCGGCCAGGAAGUGGGACGGCGAGAUUUACAAGGUGAUAAGGCAGAGUUUGUAUCCGGAGCUUUGUGGCCUCCUUGGUUUGGACGUUUCCAAACCAGUCUUGUCCAAGCUUUGAAAUUGCAGAUCUACCCAUCACGCAUCCUCGGCUUUAAUCUUGCAGGUGUGAUCUGAAAUUGGAUUUGGGUAAUGGGGAUUUCUGUUUGCUGGCCCUGCUUUUCCCCCCUUGUAUCUCAGUCCCAUUCUGGUGUAUCUCUGGGUUGCUUCUUAAUAAAUUUUCACCUGCAUAUCAUAAAUGGUUGAUUACCCGAAACCAAAUGAUGGGAUUGGGAAAGGAAGCUGUUUGAAUUGGUUUCUGCAGCAAUGGGGCUGAACCCUGAUUGCCUUAACAAUAUAGGUUUUGCUCGAAACUCGAAAGGCUGCUGCUUCUGGGUUGUCCUGAACCAGACAGCAGCUUUCUUAUGGUGCUUCUGCAAGGACCAAAUGGGAGGUCUUCCAGGUUCUUUUGUGAUUGUCAGUGUGUUGAUGCGAAGAAGCCCACAACAAAUGCUCUUGUUUUGAACCUGGGAAACUUGCUGCAAUGGAGUCCUUACUUAAACUUGUUGGUUCUGAAUCUCAGUUUUGGUGGCAAAUGUGUGUUACCGUCGAUCUCUGAUGACGAAUCUAGAAGCUCCUGGGAAACUACCGUGAAUGAGUUUUGCUUGAACAUUACUAUGCCAAAUGGCUUUAAUGGGAUCUCUGGGCUCGAGCAAUUUCAGGGCAGAGAGAGAGAGAGAGAUGGGAAAUUGUCUCCUCCGCCCUCCCUCUCGCAUAAACAACGAUAGUUCGGAAGCGACACGCCACUAAUUACCCUCAUUUUCCAGCAUCCCAUCAUCAAAUCAGGAUUAGGUCGAACAUAAAUUUGAUAUUAUUUAUUCUCUUCUUCUUGAUCGGACCCAUUAAAUUAAUCGAGUUGCAAAUAUCUCAUAAACUCAUUGUCAGCUCAAUGCCCAAUAGGACAUCAGUCCAGCUUGGUUUACAAUAACCAAUUCACGUCUUUGUCAUUUGUCCAUGUGCAUAUCCAUUCAAUAAUUAUGCAUUUUCUAUAAAAAAAACAUUAGAUAGGAAACACGAGGAAUAAGAAAAUAAACAUUUGUGUUAGUAUUACAUUGUAACAGCCGUCUGAGAACGCCAUUAUUUGGGGAGGAAGAACAGAGGCCAAGGGCCAAACUCUUAGCUGUAACUUAGUCUAUUCUACUUUGCAUUUUGCAAUAAUAAUACGAUUCGAUAGCAAUCCUGCCGACAACCAUUAGGGGUUGCAGGCUUUGUAGUUAGGCUUGGAAGAUUAUCACGAAUCUAGAAGUGGACCAAGUUUGCAUUAUGCGUGUCAUAGUUUAAAGGCUUAGAAAGAUCCUAGAUGUUGCCAAAAAGAUACUUGUUCCAUGGACUACUCUAAAUACCCUCUUUAUAUUUAUGGGCUAGCUCUAAUUUGAUUAUCAUGAAAAUACUUGUUUGUUUCAUGGAGUGCCCUAAUGGCUUUGUAUAUAUAAUGGAAAAAAAUAUACUAAUGGAUAGAGAUUCUCGGGUCGUCUAGCAUGAGGACAAAUGAAAUAAUCUGUGUGUGAGAGACUCAACAUCUCUAAAAACUAAUCACAUUUGAUGAUAUUGAAUUUUACAAUCACAUAUAGAGAGUGAUACCGACGCAUUUUGGACUAAACUUGAUCCCUAGGAUGUGGUUACUUAUCACCGGUCUUGUCAACCAAGAAAGUUAAGACAAUGAACAUGAGGUUGUGGA